AAUCACCAAGCAGGAGCCCGCCCCUGGCGCGGCCUCCCGCGGCCCCGCAACUCCCAAACGCCGAGUUUUCGCGGGAAAAAAAAUCAGAGCAGCUGGCAGCGCGGCGGGCAGUGGUGGCCGUCCAGGCGCUCCGGGUCGCACGCAGGUCCGCGCGGGGUCCGGGGCCACGCACGCGUUUCUAUCGCCAUCCCCAGCCGGGCCGGGCGCGCAGGCAGGAGAGUGGAUCGGGCGGCCGAGAGCACCAGCAGGCGCCAUGUGGAUCCAGGUUCGCACCAUGGACGGGAAGGUGACGCACACUGUGGACUCGCUGUCCAGGCUGACCAAGGUGGAGGAGCUGAGGCGGAAGAUCCAGGAGGUCUUCCACGUGGAGCCCGGCCUCCAGAGGCUUUUCUACAGGGGCAAGCAGAUGGAGGACGGCCACACACUCUUUGACUAUGACGUUCGCUUGAAUGACACCAUCCAGCUCCUGGUCCGCCAGAGCCUUGUGCUCCCGGCCAGCAGCGCCAAGGAGCGGGACUCGGAACUGUCGGACACAGACUCGGGCUGCUGCCUGGGCCAGAGCGAGUCCGACAAAUCCUCAAACAGUGGCGAGGCGGCCUCGGAGGCAGACGGGAAGGCGGGCCUGGCAGAUGAAGACACGUGGGACGAGACGGAGCUGGGCCUGUACAAGGCCAAUGAGUAUGUUGACGCUCGGGACACGAACAUGGGGGCGUGGUUUGAGGCCCAGGUGGUCAGGGUGACGAGGAAGGCCCCGUCUUCGGACGAGCCCUGCAGCUCCAGCUCGACGCCGGAAGACGAUGUCAUUUAUCACGUGAAAUAUGACGACUACCCGGAGAACGGAGUGGUCCAGAUGAGUUCCCGGGACGUCCGGGCCCGCGCCCGGCACAUUUUCAAGUGGCAGGAGCUCGAGGUGGGCCAGGAGGUCAUGCUCAACUAUAACCCGGACAACCCCAAGGAGCGUGGCUUCUGGUACGAUGCAGAGAUCGUGCGGAAGCGCGAGACCCGGACGGCGCGGGAGCUGUACGCCAACGUCCGGCUCGGGGGUGGUUCGCUCAAUGACUGUCGGAUCAUCUUCGUGGACGAGGUGUUCAAGAUCGAGCUUCCGGGCGAGGGGAGCCCCGUUGUCGAAAACCCAAUGAGAAGGAAGAGCGGGCCCUCGUGCAAGCAUUGCAAGGACGACGAGAACAAGACCUGCCGGGUGUGCGCCUGUCACCUGUGCGGGGGCAAGCAGGACCCCGACAAGCAGCUCAUGUGCGACGAGUGUGACAUGGCUUUCCACAUUUACUGCCUGUGUCCGCCCCUCAGCAGCAUCCCCAAGGAGGACGAGUGGUACUGCCCCGAGUGUCGGAAUGACGCCAGUGAGGUGGUGCUGGCGGGUGAGAAGCUGAAAGAGAGCAAGAAGAAGGCGAAGAUGGCGUCAGCCACGUCCUCCUCGCAGCGGGACUGGGGCAAGGGCAUGGCAUGCGUGGGGCGUACCAAGGAGUGCACCAUCGUCCCGUCCAACCACUACGGACCGAUCCCGGGGAUCCCUGUGGGCACCAUGUGGAGGUUCAGAGUCCAGGUCAGCGAGUCGGGGGUCCAUCGACCUCACGUGGCGGGCAUCCACGGCCGGAGCAACGAUGGGGCUUAUUCCUUGGUCCUGGCUGGGGGAUAUGAGGAUGACGUGGACCACGGAAACUCUUUCACGUACACAGGCAGCGGUGGUCGAGAUCUUUCUGGCAACAAGCGGACUGCAGAACAGUCUUGUGACCAAAAGCUCACCAACACCAACAGGGCGCUGGCUCUGAACUGUAGUGCCCCCAUCAACGACCGCAAGGGGGCCGAGGCCAAGGACUGGCGGUCCGGGAAACCGGUGCGGGUGGUGCGCAACGUGAAAGGUCGCAAGCACAGCAAGUACGCCCCCGCCGAGGGCAACCGGUACGACGGCAUCUACAAGGUGGUGCGGUACUGGCCAGAGAAGGGCAAGUCCGGCUUCCUGGUAUGGCGCUAUCUCCUGCGGAGGGAUGACACUGAACCUGGCCCUUGGACGAAGGAAGGGAAGGACCGGAUCAAGAAGCUGGGGCUGACCAUGCAGUACCCGGAAGGCUACCUGGAGGCCCGGGCCAGGAAGGAGAAGGAGAAAGAGAACAGCAAGAGAGAGGCCCAGGAGGACGAGGAGGAGAUGGAGGAGGAGGGGACCUUCACGUCCCCCAGGAAGGGCAAGCGCAAGACCAAGUCCGGAGGUGGCAGGGCUGGCGCUGGGUCCCCGGGAGGGACCCCUAAGAAGAGUAAGGUAGAGCCCUACAGCCUCACGGCCCAGCAGAGCAGCCUCAUCAAGGAGGACCAGAGCAACACUAAGCUGUGGAGUGAGAUCCUGAAGUCGCUCAAAGACGGGACGUUCCAGAAGUUCCUGAGUAAAGUGGAGGAGGCGUUCCAGUGCAUCUGCUGCCAGGAGCUCGUGUUCCGGCCCAUCACGACCGUGUGUCAGCACAACGUGUGCAAGGACUGCCUGGACAGAUCCUUCCGGGCCCAGGUGUUCAGCUGCCCGGCAUGCCGCUACGACCUUGGCCGGAGCUACGCCAUGCAGGUGAACCAGCCGCUGCAGGCCGCCCUCAACCAGCUCUUCCCUGGCUAUGGCAAUGGCCGAUGAUCCUUGAGCACUUCUCGCCCGCAGUUUUUAAGAAGACGUGUCACAGGGGUCUCCGCCCCCUAUUUUGUUCUUAGUGGGCUUAACUUAAACAGGUAGAUUCUUCUCCACUCCCUUAAAAAGCCUUGUCUUCCUGGUUGUCUUGUUUUGUUUUUUCUUUUUGAACCUAAAAAUUUUCAGGAGUUUGUAUUGCGGCUCAGAGAAAGAAAGUUGGACUUCUCAGUGUUUUUAUUUGGGUUUUAAAAAAAAAAACAAAAACCAAGCCUGCAGUUCAUCA